GCCACAGUGUGUGCAAGGGCUUUCAGGCCUCUGUUACUGGAGUGGUAACUGAUCCUUGGCUGAGUGGGAUGUUCCAGUACUUGUUUUUCUGUGUCUGCUUCAUCAUCCAGUUGCAGCCAGUGUCUUCGAUGGCCCUGGACCCCUGCUCUGCCUACAUCAGCCUGAAUGAGCCCUGGAGGAACACAGAUCAUCAGAUAAACGGUUCCCACGGCCAGCCGACAUGCGACAGUCAAAUUGACGGGGAGUGGUAUCGCUUCACUGGCAUGGCUGGCGAUGCUAUGCCUACCUUCUGCAUCCCGGAGAACCACUGUGGCACCCACGCUCCUAUUUGGCUGAAUGGCAGCCACCCGCGGGAGUCGGAUGGCAUCGUCCCACGCCAAGCCUGUGCCAGCUUCAAUGGGAACUGCUGCCUUUGGAAUACCACGAUUGACGUCAAGGCGUGUCCGGGCGGGUAUUACGUCUAUCACUUAACCAAGCCUAGCGUUUGUUUCCAUGCGUACUGUGGGCAUUUUUAUGACAUCUGUGAUGUGGUGGAUUGCCAGGGCUCCUGCCUGGACACCAGUGACUGCACGUGUUCCCUGGGGACGACACUAGGACCUGAUGGACAGACAUGUCUUGGUAAGAGUGGAAAUAACUUGU